AUGGAAAACGGAGGAGCAAAACAAUCACCCAAAAUGCUGCCCUUCACCCAACUUGAUCUAAUUGACGCGGAUCUUGCGGUCGCUUUGGCAUUGCAAGAACAAGAAAGGGUUUUUUCAUUGCUCGAAACCGUCGAGAGGGAUGGAUACGAUAACGACGUCGAUGAUGAUAGCGAUGUGUUCCACGAUCAAAACAACAACACCAGUUACGAGUAUAUUGAAGAUGGAGGUAACCUAGAGUUCCUCAAUAGACAAGAUAGCAACGAUUCCGAGGAUGACUACGAUAAUGAUGAUGAUGAUGACAACGAUGAUUUUGAAGAACAUGACAUCGAUCUUGACGAUUUUUCGUAUGAAGAAUUGAUCGCUCUGGGAGAACUAAUAGGAAUAGAGAGAAGAGGGUUAUCCGAGAAGGAAAUUUCUUCAUGCUUGGUGCCGGUUAAGUUCCAAUCCAUCGAACACGAGAACGAAAUUGAUCGGUGCGUAAUUUGUCAAGUGGAAUACGGAGAAAACGACGAAGGACUAGUUGCACUUCCUAAUUGUAAACAUCCAUAUCACUUGGAUUGCAUAAGCAAGUGGCUUCAAAUGAAGAAGCUAUGUCCCAUUUGCAGCACUGAAAUUUCAUCAUCCAUCCAUCAAUGCUAA